CGCAGUGCUGCAGCAUCUGCCACGCGUCACAUGGUGAUUGGCCGAGCGCUUGUUGGGAUUGGCCUGGGAAUCGUAUCUGGCUCUGUUCCUCUCUACAUAUCUGAGGUAACCCCCACCUCAUCUCGCGGCACAUGGGGCACGUUGGCUCAGCUUUCAACAAGCGUUGGCGUCUUCUCUGCUCUGCUCAUUGGCUUGCAUCUGGAGCAAGAUCACAGUUGGUGGCGUGGCAUGUUUCUCCUGGGCGCUCUCCCUCCCUGCCUCUUGCUGCUCGGCAUGGCAUUUGCGGCACCAGAGACUCCCCGUUGGCUGCUGCUU